GAGAAACAGGAAAGCAACAGCGGAGGAGAAACAUACAGCGUCAGCUCAGCUCCGAGAAAAUCCGUAUCGAUUGGAUCAAAGCGCCAUGACGCUCCCUCUGGGGUUUUCUUCACCCUCUCUCCGUCCUCCGCCCUACGCUAAACUUUUAUGAGCACAAUUCCUCUCUUCCAAUUCUCUGUUCCACCGUUUCCCCCUUUUCGUCUCUCUUCCAUCACCUUGGAUUUCUCUGCUGCAAUGUCCACUUGAAGUCGUCCCUCAAGUACCGUGGGUUUAGGCGUGAUCGGUGAUCAAAUUUUGCUGGAUGGAACCUCGAGUUGGAAACAAGUUUCGUCUUGGCCGGAAGAUUGGUAGCGGAUCGUUUGGAGAGAUCUACCUCGGUACUAAUAUUCAGACAAAUGAAGAGGUUGCAAUUAAGCUUGAAAAUGUCAAGACCAAGCACCCGCAACUGUUGUAUGAAUCGAAGUUGUAUAAGAUACUACAAGGAGGAACUGGAAUCCCAAACUUGAAAUGGUUUGGUGUUGAAGGAGACUACAAUGUGCUUGUAAUGGAUUUAUUGGGGCCUAGUCUUGAAGAUUUAUUCAAUUUUUGUAGUCGGAAGUUGUCCCUCAAAACUGUUCUCAUGCUUGCUGAUCAGAUGAUAAAUCGAGUUGAAUUUGUCCAUUCCAAAUCAUUUUUACAUCGUGACAUCAAGCCAGACAACUUCCUCAUGGGCUUAGGGAGGCGUGCAAAUCAAGUGUACAUCAUUGACUUUGGUCUUGCUAAGAAAUAUAGAGACACUUCUACUCAUCAGCAUAUUCCUUACAGAGAGAAUAAGAAUUUAACAGGAACUGCAAGAUAUGCUAGCAUGAACACUCAUCUUGGAAUUGAGCAAAGUCGUAGGGAUGAUUUAGAGUCUCUUGGAUACGUUCUUAUGUAUUUUUUGAGAGGAAGUCUUCCUUGGCAGGGACUGAAAGCUGGUACUAAGAAGCAAAAGUAUGAAAAGAUCAGUGAGAAGAAAGUUUCUACUUCUAUUGAGGCACUCUGCCGUGGUUAUCCUUCAGAAUUUGCAUCUUACUUCCAUUAUUGUCGGUCACUUCGGUUUGAUGAUAAACCUGAUUAUGCUUAUCUAAAGAGGCUUUUCCGUGACCUUUUUAUUCGUGAAGGAUUUCAGUUUGAUUAUGUCUUUGACUGGACCAUUUUGAAAUAUCAGCAAUCUCAAGUUCCCACUCCUCCUGCACGUGGUAUUGUUCCUGGUGUUGGACCAAGUUCUGGCAUGCCACCAACGGUUGCAAAUGCUGAUAGACAUUUAGGCGGGGAAGAUAGUAGGCACACUGGUUGGACUUCAUCGGAUCCUACUCGGAGGAGAAACUCUGGCCCUAUUGCAAAUGAUGGCAUUUUACCAAGGCAAAAAGCCCCAGUUACAAGUGACUUGACUGGUUCUAAAGAUGCUAUGUUGUCAAGCUCCAUUCUCUUCAGGGCAAGUGGGUCACAAAGGCGAGGUGCUGCUUCUGGCAGUCGUGAUGCAGUUGUUGGCAGUGAGACUGAACCCUCUCGCCCUCUUGCAGUGGAUGCGAGUCCUGGAAUGCUUCGUAAAGUCUCUGGUGCUCAAAGAAGUUCUAUUAUUUCAUCAGAACAAAACCGGACUUCAUCUGGAAGAAACUUGUCAAAUGUAAAGAAUUUCGACUCAACUCUCAGAGGUAUUGAGGGCCUGCAUUUUAAUGAUGAGAGGGUGCAGUAUUAGCAGCUGCCUCUCUUGGUACCUUGUCUUUCUUGUAAAUUCUGAAAAAGUUUCAUGCUCUUUCACAUGCUUUACUCAACGGAGUGUUGGCUGUUCAUUGUUCGAAGAAAGCUGCGACAAGUUGGGAAGUCACUUUAAGAAGUAUACAAUAAAGACAUGCUUAGGUGGAUUCCUGACUAUCUCUAGCCUGUUAUCAAGGCUUUUUGUUAAUACUGUUAAUGUACUGAUAUUGGCUUUACAUCAUCUUUACUGUAUUUGGUCUUGAAUUUCUAAUCAUAUCUGGCAAAUAUCUGGAUUUAAACUAUUCUACUGUGAGACUUUUAAGUAGGAGAAUGCAAGGUUUUGUGAUCGCUGAUCAAGAUGUGAACAUAAUUAUGGGUUGGUUUCUUGUAUGACAACGAAGUUGGAGAUUUUGACCGUCAA